AUGCAGACCGUCGACUCUGCCUCCUCAGGGGGGCGCAGGAAGAAGCAGCGGAUUGAGACGCCCCUGACGCUCAUGCGUCAGGCCCUGGUGCAGGCCACACGACAGAACAGCUGGGCCGAUGCCUGGCAGGCAUACCAGUCUGCCAAGAAGCAGGACAUCAAGCUCACUGCCGACGUGUACAACUCCCUCCUCUUCAUGUGCGCGGGGGGCGAGGAGUGGGAGGCCCUCUGUGCACGGGGGCAGGAAGCCGGCGAGACUGGGCCCCACAAUGGCGACGGUGUGCCCAGCUGUGAGACACGGCUGGAGGUCGGGCAGUCUCUGUUCUCAGAGAUGGAGGCCCUCUUUGGCACGCCCUCGGAGAUGUGCUUCACGGCGCUGGCACGGCUGGCUGCCAUGGCCGGCGAUGGGAAGCGAGCCCUGGCGCUGGGGGAGGAGCUGGUGUCCCAGGGUGUCCCCCCAAAGCUCAGAAACUUCACGCCAGCCUUGCAUGCGUUUGCUGCCCACCGACAGGCGAGCGAGGCGCUCGGUCUCUUCACCAGGCUUCAAGCCCUGUCGCUGAGUUUGACGGAGGACGAUUACAGGCUGAUCAUCAGGGCUGCCUGUGGGAGCCCCCUCUGGGCAAGCAUGCAGGAUGUGUUCCUGGCCAUGGGGGAGGAGCUCACUGUGCUCCAGCCCGGCACGCUGGAGGUGGUCGAAGCCUACUUUGAGGCACUGAGCUCCCAGGCCGAGGGUCCUGGCCCCUUCACCCUCUCCAGGCAGACAGUGAGAGCCGAUGGACAGGAUGACAGUGGCGGGGAGCCCAUCCAGGCGGUCAAGCUGUCGAGCGCCGAGAGGGACACUUUCAUCAAGGGCAUUGCCAACCUCGCCAGGCGGUCACAGCGCGAGCCCAACAAGUUUGAGCAGUUUGAUGCCUGGCUGGAGGAGCGGGGGUCCCCGGAGAUCAUCAUCGAUGCAGCCAACGUCGGCUUCUAUGGGCAGAACGCGGGGGCGGGCAUGUUUUGCUUCCCACAGAUGAAGACCAUGGUGGAGCAUCUGGGCACCGUCUUCCCGGGGAAGAAGCCUCUGGUGGUGCUGAGUGCGGGGCGUGCGCAGCGAAUCCAGAAGCUGGACCCUGCGCUGCGGACCUUCUUCGCCAAGCUUGAGGAGCAGGGGUCCUUCUUCGUCACCCCUUUUGGCUCCAACGAUGACUGGUACUGGAUGUAUGCGGCUGUGCGUGCCGGCGAGGUGGGGGUGCUGGUCAGCAAUGACGAGAUGCGGGACCACACCUUCCAGCUCCUGGCCCCCAGGUACUUUGAGAAGUGGAAACAACGGCACCAGGUCAGGUACCAGAUCUACAACACCCUGGUCACGCUGCAGCUCCCGGCGCCCUACACCGCCUGCAUCCAGCACCUGCCAGACGGGGCGUGGGUGUUCCCCCUUUCCGUGACCCGCUGGUUGCGGGCACAGCCGGCAUGCGUGGGCCCGCCGACCGGAACUCUGCCCCCCGGGCAGGCUGAGUUUGGGGCCGACCCCGCCCUCCAGCCGCAGCUGUAG